CCAUGUGAGAAGGCUGCGAAGGCCUCUUUUACUUGUAUGGAUAAGAAUGACUAUGACCGCGACAAAUGUUCGGCAUACUUCGCAGCGUACCGACAGUGCAAGCGGACAUGGAUGGAGCAACUAAGAGCAGACAGACGUGCUGGCCGUAUUGACUAA